UCUAUCAUCAACCAACAACAAGCAAUCCAAUUACUUGAAUCUUUUCAUACAUCUUCAGAAGCUUCAAAAGAAUUCAAACUUUUUUAUUCAAAAGCAAAAAAAAAAUAGAAAUGGCUUUGGUGAGAAGUCUAUUGGGUGCAAAGAAGAUUAUAAGCCGCUCCACUGCAGCAGCUUCUAUGAGCAAAACAACAGCCUCAGCAGCGCCAAAGGGGUUUCUUGCGGUGUACGUAGGAGAGAGCCAGAAGAAGAGAUACUUGGUCCCAGUCUCAUACUUGAACCAACCUUCAUUUCAAGCUCUUCUCAGUAAAUCCGAGGAAGAGUUUGGAUUCGAUCAUCCAAUGGGUGGCUUAACGAUCCCUUGUCCUGAAGAUACCUUCAUCACUGUGACUUCUCGGCUCCAAUGAUGAUUGAUCCAACAUUUUUUUCUUCAUACUUAGAAAUAAACUUAGUCAUUGCAAAUAGAUGAGCUUUUUUUUCUCUUUCUUCAUGGAAGAGUUGUUCUAAAAGUUUAGAGAGUAAAUGCCAUUUUUAUGUAACAGAAACGAUUCAUGUCAAUACACUUUUGGAUCGAUCAUUGAAAAGAAAGACAACACCAAAUUCACCAUUUGA